CAGACCAGAUGCAGAUUGUGGAGGGGAGAAAGAAGAAGAGUUUGCAACAGGACAGCACCGACAGAGACGAGGCAACACUCCUCACAGAGCUGAGAGAACACAAGGCAGAACGUGGUCCUGGUGAAGCUCUCGUUCUGACAACAGGGAAGGAUGUAAUAGACCAAACUUGGUGGAUUACACUCCCAUACACCAGCAAAUUCCACUGUAUGGCAUGACAAGCAGAUGGGAUGGAGGAGGACAUGGAAACAGAAUCCUUCAGUCUUCUGAUAGGAGACUCCGAUGAGCAUCAGGAUCAGGAUGAGAACAUUAUUGAUCGUUUUACAGACGAGGCUGAUACGCCGAUGGAUAUAAAUCCAGCAUCUGAGAGUGCUUCAUCAACUGGAGAAAAAUUGGUGCCUGAGCUUACGGUUGUGGUGAUUGGUGACACAAAUUCUGUGCAGCCGGGAUCAAGAAACCUCUUACUCGCUCCUGAUGACCAAGCAGCUGCAGUAGAUGAUUGCAUACACUUUUCAUCCAAAUUGUAUGACUUGUGUGGUCGGCACAUAUCUGUGAUUAACUUACUUGGCCUUCAAAAUGCUGAGCAGCUGGAACAGGGGUCACUGCUGAGUCGCAUUGAUCAGAUUGUACAUGAGCAGGGAAUUCAUGCCUUUCUCUUGCUGAUACCAAAUGGUCAGCAUGUCAGCCACUACACUUCAGGAGUGCAGCGGUUAGAACAAAUAUUUGGGAAAGGAUCACUUGCUUUUGCCAUUACUGUUGUGACUCAUGACUCAGAUGAAAAAUGUGACAGUGCGCUGACAGACCUGAAAGCCAAUAGUGAAUUUGAUGAAAAAAGGUACCACACAUGUUCAAAACAUAUGAGUGAUGAAACAGAGAUAAUAGCUUUAAUAGAAAAAAUAGAUGUCAUGGUCUCUGACAAUGAGCCAAACCACUACAGAGGAGCAGUGUGCACUAAAAACAAAGAGCAGCAGCCGAUAAUGGACCAAAAAACCAGUGAAGAAGAGAGGACCAGCGACUCUGUGGUUCAGCAAACUGCUGAAAGUGAUGAAGAGAAGGAUGAAUUGGAGGAUGAAGCAGAAACCAAGAAUAAGUGUGAACCAGUGAGUGAACCUGAUGGUGUCAUAAGCUCAGAGACGAAUGAAACCGCUGAACAACAUAACAAGACAAUAAUAAGAGAUUCUGAAAUCAAGUCUGUCGACACAUCUGCUGCAAAUGAGAAAGGUAUUGAUUGCGUGAUCACUUGGAUGCUCUUCAAUGUAAUUUAA